CCCCCUCCGUGACGUCACAACGGAGGAAACCAAACAAAGGCGACGUGACGCCUCAUACAGUCGCACUCGCGACGCCUGAAAACUUCCGGACGGACUCCAAAACACGACCAAGUCAAGUCAGUACGGUUGGCGUUUUGUUUUUUUUGUGCUUCUCUUCGACGCCUCCGAAUGCGAAAAAGUCCAUUCGUGUUGUUGCGUCAGCUUUGUUUUUCUGCCGUCUCCCCGCCGCUUUACGCAACCGAGAAGGAGACGUCACCGCCGGCCAGUGGAGUCCAGAGUGGCCGCUAGCAGAGCGCUGCUAUGGCCGCUUGUUAGGCGGCACUCACUCGCUCUUUCGUCCUCGGGAAUCUGCAAGAUGAGUGUGGGCGUGGCUCGGCAGCGCAUGAAGAGGUUACUGGACAAGCCGCGUGACGCCUUACCCAAGAGCAAAAGAGUAUGUCUGGCGCCACCGCCCCCCGACACCAGCCCGUCGCACCUGAAGGCCAAAAGCCCCUCCCCCAAGCCCAGCCAGAGCCAAUCCAAGGUCCGCGUGGGGCCUUACUUCCUGUUUGAGCGCUUCGAAGGGGAGGAGUCGUACAGAGCGGUGCACGCCAGCACGCAGCAGGAGUACACCUGCCAGGUCCUGCCGCUGCACGGCUACCAGGAGAAGCUGGCCGCCUUCGCCCGGCUGGGUCGCCACGACAACAUCUGCGGCCCGCUGGACACGGUGAUCGGGCCGGACGGCGUGCACGUCUUCCUGCCCGCCCACCACGGCGACAUGCACGCCCACGUGCGCAGCAGCAAGCGCCUGGGCGAGGAGGAGGCGGAGCUUCUGUUCGCGCAGAUGCUCAGCGCGGUGGAUCACUGUCAUCGCCACGGCGUGGUCCUGCGGGACGUGAAGCUGCGCCGGUUUGUCUUCACUGACAAAUUUAGAACCCGGGUGGCCCUCCUGGGCCUCAACGACUGCGUGGUCCUGCAGCAGGACCACGACGACGACUCCCUGAUGGACAGACACGGCUGUCCCGCCUACGUGGGCCCGGAGCUGCUGGCCAGCGGCAAGGCUUCGUACUCGGGCCGGGCGGCGGACAUCUGGAGCCUGGGCGUGUCCCUGUACACCAUGCUGAUUGGACGCUACCCCUUCCAGGACACGCGCCCCGCCGCCCUCUUCGCCAAGAUCCGCCGCGGCGCCUUCAGCGUGCCCGGCUGGCUGUCCCCGCACGCCAAGUGUCUGAUCGGCUGCAUGCUCAGGAAGUCGCCCGCCGAGCGCCUGCGGGCCUCCGAGCUGCUGGCGCACCCGUGGUUGGGCGGCCGGGGCGCGUCGCUCCGCACGGCCCAGCGUUGCGCCGGCCGAGCGCCGCCCAGGAGGCAGGAGGACGACGAGCAGGUGGUGCCGACCUUCACCAAAGAACACUAACGCUCCGGAGAAAGUUACGUCCUGGAUUUACUUGACCCCCCCUCAAGUGCCUUCCGCUCUCUGCAGUUGUUUCAGACCAAGCUCCGCCUCCAAGGAAGGGGCGUGGCCUAAGUACAGUGGAGCCUCCAAAUUUCCAAAUGCAUUGGGAGUCAUUUCCAACUCAUGUGACUACCUAAAAGGAUUUAGCCGUCGUCUCCUCCUGAAAGUGGCCAAAAACUGCAAGGACCAACUCAAUAUGUCCGCCAAAUGAAACGUCUACCUCCACAUAUUCCUGCUUUAUGACGUUCUUCUGUGUUGACAGUGAGCGUGGGAAGUUACCUCGCCGUCAGUUAAAGUCUUAUUUCAUUGUUUUCCUACGGAGAACUAAAGGGACAUGGGGGAAUUGUUUUUUUUUAGAUUUUUUUUUUUUUUUUUAGACUUGUAUUUCUCGAGCGCACGAAAAA